UCUCUUCCUAUAUCACUCACUAUUUAUGUAUCCAUCUCUCCACACAUCUCUCUCCAUCUCACACACAUCUUCUUCUUAAGUCUUAACACGUUACUAUAUAUUUCUCUUCAUGAACAACACUAACAAAAAUCCUCUUCUGUGUUAAUCUUUAUGUCUUGAUCUUGAUGGAAGCGUUCGAAGAGGAGAUAGCAGCCUCAAAGGAGCAAUCACUGAUCCUCAAAGGAAAGCGGACAAAGCGACAACGUCCACAAUCUCCUGUUCCUUUCUCUAUCUCUCCUCCUAUAGUUUCUUGCCACACACGCGACGUUGAAGAGGAAUACACUGAUCUUGAUUCCAAGGAAAACGCCUUAGGAAAUAAUGUGGAGAACCAAAAGAAGGAUGGUGUUGUCACGUCUUCAUCAUCUUCAGCCUCUUGGUCCUCUAACAACAACCAAGCAUUAAAGGCCGAAGAAGACGAGGAAGAUCUAGACAUAGCUAGUUGUUUGAUCCUCCUUUCCCAAGGCCACUCUCUUCCACAGCUCAAGAUACCUAACCAAGAAACAAACAACAACAAUACGUAUAGAAUUAGCAGCAAGAGGUUUCUAGAGACUUCUUCAGCUAACGGUGCUGGUAAAGCCGGUUACUACGUAUAUCAGUGCAAAACAUGUGAACGGACCUUCUCUUCUUUUCAGGCUUUAGGUGGCCAUAGAGCUAGCCACAAGAAACCUAAGGCCACAUCCCAUAACUCCAACCUUGACCACAUCAAGAAAAACAUUUACGAAAAUGAUUCACUCGUUACAACCACAACUAUUUACAAUAAUAACAAGAAUAACAACAAAGACAAUAGAUCGCUUGUCGUGUACGGUAAGGCAGGUAACAACAAGGUUCAUGAAUGUGGAAUCUGUGGAGCGGAGUUUACGUCCGGACAAGCCUUAGGUGGCCACAUGAGACGGCAUAGAGGCGCGGUUGUUGUUGCUCCCACUGUGACGGUGGCCUUAGCUGUAGCCAACACGGAGUUAUCAUUGUCUUCGAUGUCCUUCGAUCAAAAAUCGACAAAGAUAGCUAAGAAGACGGUCGUGUCACUGGAUUUGGAUCUGAAUCUACCCGCACCGGAAGAUGAGAAUCGGAUCAACGGAUUCAGCUUAAGUUUGAAGCAAAAACAUGAACAAGAACAUCAACAAACGAAGCAAAGAGAUGAACCAAAGUGUCUCGUCUUGUCUCCUCCUACUUUGGUGGACUGCCAUCACUGAUUUAUUAUUACUAUUAUAAACCAUAAUCUCAAAAAAAAAAAUUGGUUUCU